AUGAACGAAAAAGAUAAAACGAAGCAGCGUAUAUAUCUAACUGACAUAAAUAACGAACAACUAUACGGAACAAAAAAACAAAGCAGAAUUGAACUUAGAGCAUUAAAGGAUGCAUAUGCACUAAAAAUUGAACCAGAUUAUUCUCCUAAAGAAAACGUAUUACCGGAAAUUGAUUUGUACCGUGUGACGUCUUACUGUACAGCAGAAAAUUUCAAUCUCAAAGGCCUUAGUAAAUUCCUAAAGAAAUCAGAUUUUGCCAGUAAAGUUUCUGUAUAUUUUGGAGAGUGUUUAUAUGCAUCAUUUAAAUUUGAUGAUAAAUCACAUGACUGCUUUUUUUAUGAUUACGGUGUUUUAGUGUGUUGGGGGAUGGACGAGAACGAAGAAUCAAAGAUUUUAAAUCUUAUUGAAAAAUUCGAAAUCAAUAAAUAUGUCCCUUCUAAUGUUGAAAUAGAAUCAUUUAGAUAUGGAAUAACAGAAGAUCCAUUUAUUAUAAAUGAUGUUAUUUAUCUUAAUAGUGAAAAUUAUUUUACAAAGAUGGUUAUAUCAAUUGCGAUUGCACAGAGUGUAAAAUUAGACUUUUUUGAAAAUUUGGUAGAUUAUACAAUUGAACUUGUUAAAGAUUUACCUGAGGAAGUAGAAAAAGAAGGUAAAGUUAGUAAAACACGUAAACAGUUACUUAAAAUAAUAGGUAAAUUAAAUAAAUUACGCUUUAGUUUAAAUCUUGUAUCUAAUAUUUUAGAUGAACCUGAAUUUGUGUGGGACUAUCCUGCAUUUUCUUCUGUUUAUGAAACAUGUAGAAAAUAUUUGGAUAUUAAAAGUCGAGUAGAUUUAUUAAAUAAAAGGGUGGAUGUAAUACAUGGAAUAUUGGAAAUUUUAUCAGAAAAUAUUACAACUAACAAUUCUGAGAGACUGGAGAUUACAAUGAUAUUUAUGAUAUCUGCUAAUGUAAUUAUAGGAAUUAUACAGAUCUUUACUGUAUUAUGGAUUUAUAAUCAAUUUAAAAAUGGCAAGUAA